AAGCAGAUCAAAGACCUCCUAACAUAGCUUGUAAGUGGGAGUUGGAUUUUCGUUCAACGAGAGACACUCGCGAAUCGCGAUUAACUUAUUUAACGAGACUAGCAAUAAGUGAAGUCACUAACCUCUCCUACCCUUGCUCACUCUUUGACCCAAAUCUUCCACCCAUUUUUAACUCUUUGACUUUCAUUUAAUCAUUUUCCUGCUCAGUUCCGCCCAUCUCUUCUUCUGCAUUGUGUGAGUUUUCAUUAGUUUUGUCUAUUUGCAUUUUAACCCACAAACAAUUUUAAAUAGUAGCCCAUGUGGUUGUGGUUUGUUUGCUUAGGUAGAAGUGUAAAAAAAGAGACAAAACUUGUUGACCUAUUCAGUGAGCUCUACCAGUACUGCUGCCUCAUAUAUCAUCCUAUAUUUCUUUCACUCUUCUCCUGCUAACCCACAUAUCAUAGUUUUCCUACAUUUCUUUGUCUCCUUUUUUUUACACCAGAUCUUACCUCUGAAGAAAUGACUAAAGAUGAAGACUUUAAACUCCUCAAAAUCCAGACCUGUGUUCUCAGAGUGAACAUACACUGUGAAGGAUGUGAGCAGAAAGUGAAGAAAAUUCUUCAGAGAAUUGAAGGUGUGUACCAAGUAAAGAUAGAUGCAGAGCAACAAAGGGUGAGUGUGUCAGGCAAUGUUGAUUCUGCAACUCUAGUUAAGAAAUUGGUGAGAGCGGGCAAACAUGCUGAGCUCUGGUCUCAAAAAUCAAACCAAAUCCAGAAACAGAAAAGCGGUUGUACCAAGGAAGACAAGAACACCAAACCUAAGAAGCCGAACGUGCCCAAAAAGAAGCACAACGAUCUGCAGGAGCAGGACGAUGAUCAGAUGCAGCUCAUCAGGGACAAGAUCAAUCAGCUUGCUCUCCUCAAGCACCAAGCCGAAGCCAAUGCCAAUGCCAAUGCCAAUGGGAAAAUGAACAACGUUGUUGCUGGUGCUAAGAAAGGGAACCAGGCUCAGACACCUCCUCCCAAGAUGAAGAAUGCCCUACAAAUGCCCAACACCACCACCAUGUCUGCAAACGACAUUAGCGCUAUGAUGAAUCUUGCCGGUUUUCAUGGAAGCGGAGGUGCCAAUGUCAACGGCGGAUUCCAAGUUCCGCCCAAUAACUUCUACCCGCCGAUUCCGUACCACGAUGUGGCGGCGGGGAAUAAUAAUGUUCCUUCGUCGGCAUUUAUGAACUUGCAAAACCGGCACGGUGGUUUCCAGCAGCCUCAGAUGUUGUAUAAUCGGAGCUCGUUUGUGCCUCCCAGCACCGGUUAUUACUACAACUACGGCGGCGGCGGCGGAGAUCAUAUGUUUAGCGAUGACAACGCAGCUAGUUGUAGGCUUAUGUAGUUUGGAUUUACUUCUUUUACUGACUUUAUAUGUUUCUGCUAGUUUGGAUGUGGUGUGCGGAUUUCUUCAA